GUAUUAUUAUAAAUUACUUAGGGCCGAAUACUAGUUUUUUUUGUUAAAAAAAAUCACAAAUAAACCAUUAAACAUAUUACUCGUAUUAGUCAUAAUUUUAGAUCGCUAAACGCAAAAGAGCAUAAACUUUCAAACGGCAAUAGUUACCAUACUUAAAAAAAAAAAAAAAAAAAAAAAAAGUAGUAGAAGCCAGCUGAAACGCCCCGCCUUUCUUCCCAACUCUGAACUUCUCUGCUUCUUCUUUCUCUCUCUCUUCUCCACUCUACAAUUUCAGUUCUACUGCAAUCGCAUUCAACAAAGAAAACCCUAUUAUUCCGUCAAAUUUCCCAUCUUUUCCCCCCUUUUUUUGAUUAUCAAUCGAUGCCAUAACUUCCUAAUCUAGGGUUUUUUCAGUUUAAACCCUAGAUCUGAAAAUCACUGCUAAUUUUAUUCCCAAAUUUAAAUCUUGGUUCUUUGUGACUUUCGCAUUCCGGGGUUGUUGAUCGCAUUUCGCUGGUAAUUUAAUGCUGAGGAGAAUUCAAGUUCAGGGUUUUGAAUUCUGUAGUUUGUAACAGUGUGCGUGAGAUGAGGUAAAGCUUCGAAUUUCCCCCUUUUUAAUUUCGAAUUUUUGUUUAUUGCUGUUGAAUUUGAAGUUUGGGGAACUCAAGAACAUAGAAUAAGUUGUUAGUGUUAGAGAAUUUGUUGAUUUGAGUCUUGUUUUGUUAGUGGGAUUUUGGAAAUGUCUGCAAAUACUAACAAUAAUCAACCCAAGAAUAUUGGGGGAUCAAUGUCAUCCCCAUUUGGAAAUGCUGGAAUGGUAAACCCUAAUUUGCCCCCAAAUUUUAACCCAUCAUCAUCAUCUUCCCAACCUCAAGGUCAAAAUCAGCCUCAUCAGUUAGGGUUUGGGUUUCAGAAUCAGUUUCAAUUAGCCCAAGCACAGGCUCAUGCCCUGGCUCAAGCGCAGUCGAAAGCGGCUGCUGCUGCCCAUGCUCAUCUUUUGCAGGCUCAGGGUAUGUCCCUUAAUCAGUCACAAGCUAUGGGGAUGGGUAAUUUAGGGGGUAAUUCAUCUCCUUCGAUGUCAGGACCGGGGAAUUCGGGUAUUAAAAGGAUCCCUCAAAAACCCCCUGUUCGCCCUCCAGGACCCUCGGGUGGGAUUAAUUUAAUGUCCCCUAUGAGGAAUAUGAUGGACCUUACACCCGCAGCUGCUGCUCGGAGGAAGAAGCAGAAACCUCAGGAGAAGCAUUUGAGUGAUAGGGUAGCUCCUAUAUUGCCUGAAUCUGCUUUGUAUACUCAGCUUCUUGAGUUCGAGUCUCGUGUUGAUGCUGCAUUGACAAGAAAGAAGAUUGAUAUUCAGGAGGCUUUGAAAAACCCUCCCUCUGUUCAAAAAACUCUUCGGAUCUAUGUGUUUAAUACGUUUGCUAAUCAGAAUCAAUCUGCUCCAAAUAAGCCAAAUGCGGAGCCACCUACAUGGACGUUGAAGGUGAUAGGGAGGAUAUUGGAGGAUGGGGUGGAUCCCGAGCAGCUUGCUGCAAUGAAACCAAACCCAAUGUACCCAAAGUUCUCUAAUUUCUUUAAGAGGGUUACCAUUGCAUUGGAUCAGAGACUGUACCCAGAGAACCAUUUAAUAGCAUGGGAAAAUUCUCGGGCAUCUGCACCCACUGAGGGUUUUGAGGUGAAAAGGAAAGGGGACAAGGAAUUUAUGGUCAAUAUUCGAUUUGAUAUGAACUAUAUGCCUGAGAAAUUUAAGCUUUCACCACCUUUGACAGAACUUCUUGGUAUAGAAGCUGAGACUCGCCCUAGAAUUAUAGCUGCCAUCUGGCACUAUGUUAAAGCCAGAAAGUUGCAGAACCCAAAUGACCCAACCUUCUUCAAUUGUGAUCCACAGCUUCAGAAGGUAUUUGGGGAAGAAAAGAUGAAAUUCACCAUGGUCUCUCAGAAGAUAUCGCAGCAUCUGACUCCUCCUCCGCCAAUACAGGUGGACCAUCAAAUCAAGCUUUCAGGGAAUAGCCCUGCUGGAAAUGCUUGUUAUGAUAUAUUGGUGGACAUACCUUUCCCGAUACAGAGAGAGCUCUCCAUGCUGUUGGCAAACACUGAAAAGACCAAGGAGAUUGAGGUUUGUGAUGAAGCAAUUUGUGCAGCUAUUAGGAAGAUCCACGAGCAUCGCAGAAGGAGAGCGUUCUUUCUUGGUUUUAGUCAAUCACCUGUAGAAUUCAUUAAUGCGUUAAUAGAAUCCCAAAGCAGAGAUCUCAAAGCCGUGUCUGGGGAAGCUAGUCGUAGUGCAGAAAGAGAGCGUAGAUCAGAUUUCUUCAACCAACCGUGGGUUGAAGACGCUGUUAUUCGCUACUUAACGCGCAAGCCAGCCAAUGCACCUGAUGGUCCUGGAAGCACGUAGACAAGGUGGUUUGCUGAGUGAGCUGUAGGAAUGCUGAUUAGCCCCUCUUCAUUUGCCACUGGAAGGUUAAAGCUUGUUUUCAUGCUUCUCCAUUGUAUAACCAUCUGAUGUAUCUUAAUGCUAUCAUAACUGCUAAGAUCACAGUUUGCUUCUUUGCCUAUCUGGUGCAUAUCUAAAAUUGAGCUAUUACUUGUGAAGAGAUGUUAUUCUAAACUCUCCCAGAAGGGGGCUGUAGUUUUAGUUUUGUGCGUUACUACCUUACAUACUCCUGAGUCCUGACUGGCAAUCACCAAAACAAAGCAUGGAUUGUUCAGCCUUUGCUUGUGGUACAUGGCUGUUAGACCCUUUAACGGUCAAGGCGGCUUGCCGUGUAAAUAGAACUUAUGUGCCUGCAAUGCAAUUAAAUUUUAUGUAAAUUAGGUUGUUUUGGGUGCCA